AUGGUCGGGUCUAAAGAAAAAGCACAGCAUUGUGUGUCUAUAGCAGGACAUUUUAUGCAGGAUGCUAAUUUUAAAAGUGCUCCAAUUUUUGCACAAAGAAUAAAUGUUUCCAUUUCGGUGUUGAUAAGACUUUGCCACGAUGAGCACUCAGAUAUUCGAAUGGUUGCUUGUGAAAGCUUGGAUAGGAUAAUUAGAGCCUUGAGUGGUAGUUAUAUGGCUAAAAUACAAUUGGAGUUGUUUUAGGGAUGAUAAUACAUACUUAUGUGUGAUAUUAAAUCAAAUCUAAUUUAAUUUAUUAAUUUUAGGUCUGUUCGUAUAGCUUUAACAAGAUUUGCAAAGCUAUCAGUAUACAUAAAGCCUCAAAAAGGCAAAGUGUACGUUGCAAAUUUGUUUCCUUGUUUAGAAAAUCUUUUAUCAAAGCCUGAUGACUUGUUGCACGAGACAUUUAGCGAAAGUUUGCCAAAGAUUAUUAAAAGUUUAGGCCUUUUUGCGACCGAUAAAGAAAUGAAAAGUCUAAUAAAAUCAAUUAUAGAAGUCCUAAAAUCAGAUUCGCCUGUUAGGAGACGUUGUGCUGCACAAAAUUUAUCUUCGAUCUGCACACAGAAUGAAAAGACUGAAAUUUUUAUUGAUUAUGUACUUAAUAUGGUAUUUGAUUUAAUUGUUCCUUUUAAUGAAAGUCUUCAAAGUAAUGUAAUCGUGGGGGCUUUGAACGGUCUUAAAUUGUUGCUUCCCGUGUAUUAUGGGUAUUUUAAUAAAGGGAAGUCUACGACAAGUUUAGAUCAAAUUUUACAGAUUUUUGAGCUGUGUCUGCACUAUAUUAAGGUAACCAGCAGUGGAAAUACAGUAAUCACAAAUGCUGCACUUGAAACUUUAAACUAUUUAUUGUUUAACGCACCAAAAAAAUUAAUAAACACUUUAAUUUCCACUAACUACACUUUAAGACUGCACGAUCAAGAACAUGCCAAAAAUAUGUUGGAGGAACAAACUGCAAGCCAAAUGAGUAUAAUCGAACUCAAUCAUAUCAGACAUAGACUAGAUUAUGAUUUAUCAGAAAGCAUUUUAGAAAACUCAAUAUCCGAAGACUGGAAAGAAAGUGGUGAUAAAAAUAUAUACUGUAAUGGAAAUGUGAACAUGAGUGAUGUAUUUAACAAUGAUUUGUACAUUGGUGAUCUAGUGAAAAAUGAUACAAGUUUAAUUAUGUUUUGUGUAAGAUUAAUAACAACAAAUUUUUUGCUGACGGUUUUCAAAGGUUUCAUCAAAGAUGAUAAAAAUGUUAAGGUCACUUUGAAAUGCUCAGCUUUGUGUUGCUUUAUUUACGAGCAGUGGUGUGCGGAACAGUUUGCGGUUUUUAAAGAUGCUUACGAUUUGAAAAAGUUGAUUUGUAUUUUGAUUGAUGGUUUGAAAGAUGAUAUACAGACUGCUACGAGGCAAAGUUUGCAAGCGGUCGAGGAUUGUUUGAGGAAUUUGAUAAGGAGCAGUACAGAUUUUGAGACAAUCAAGCUUCUACUCAACGAACUUCUCCAAGUCUCAAAAAAACCAUACUGGCUCAUAAAAGUAAAACUCGCAGAACUCCUUUCAAAACUAAACUACAAGCACAUCUACCUCAUAACCAGGUCAGACUCUUACCAGGAAAAAGUACUACACGACAUUCUAUAUCAAUUCUUGUCAAACGAAGACUCCAGAGUCAGAAGUGCCAGCACAAAAUGCCUGUGCGAAAUCAUACCAAACCUUUACUACUCGAAUGAUUAUUCCAAUUCAGAUCCUCUAGUAAAUGUUUUUGUGAGACAUCGAGGGGAUGUAAAAACUGAUUGUGAUAAGGUGUCCUUCAAAUAUUUGAUUGAUAAUAAAUUGUGUAGAAAUCUAAUGUGGCCCUUUUGCGGCAUGAAUAAAUAUAAAGGGGUACAGGAUCGUGAUGGUGUUGAGAAGAAUUUAUCCAGAGUGCUGUUUGAGUUGUCGGAGAUGCUUUGUUCUUCUCAAUGUAAAGAAAUCUCCUCGAACUCAUCAGAGCAACCAACUUCAGUCCUAUACGAAACAAUUUCUGAUCUGGAUAAGUCUCGAUCUCCAUCAGAGAUGAUACUGACCCUAGAAUCUCAUCUUUUGAAAAUCCUGAAUGCCUACAGAUGCGUUAUCGAAGGCGAAUUGGAUAACAAUGCUGGAUUGAAUAUUGCUGCGGCAGCAAAUUCGAACCAGGUACAGAAAUCUAUUGGCGGAGGAGGCAGCAGUAAGAAACCUUUAGGGUUGGCAGCAACUAAAAAUACUGAAACUGAAUCACCGAAGAAGCAAUUUGGAUAUUUUGCCAACAACUCGUUGUACAUGAAGCUUUAUGAAGCUUUGAAGUCUGCUUAUUCUAUUUAUAAGACUAAUAUAGACGAUGAAGCAAGCACAAAAUUUUUGACAUUAUUGGACAUCGUCAUAAGUUCUAUUUCACAAUUACUCGAAGUGCAAGUCAGAUACAUAUCAGGCAGUAUAUCAGAUGAAAUAUUAUUGCACACGAGAUGGUGCAUUAAACUGUGUCCUAAAAGUACUAUUUUGUGUGUCGAACAACUAGACUAUUCUGGGGUUGUGGAUUACUUGAAUAUAGAUUUUUCAACACGAGCUCCAGUAUCAGAAAAAAAACACUUUGAAGACAUAUUUACAAACAAUCCGUACAAAUUUGUUGAAACAAUCCAAGUAUCUCCUUGGAUAAAAUUAGUAGAAGACUUUGAUGCCUUCAGAGCCUUUUUAAAAAAACGUCAAACAUCCUGGCAACCCGACAAAAAAUUCCUGUCUUCCUCCAUCAGGCUGUUCGAACCAAUGGUGAUUGAGUGUUUAAAGAAAUACACGACCUGCAACAACACCUCGAUACAAGCACGUGUCUUAAGCCUCCUGUGCCAACUUCUACACUUAAGAGUCAAUUACAAAAUGUUGGACUCGGAGAACACUUUUAUCCAAUACGUUUUCAAACAAUUCGACAGCAUCCAAUUAGGUCAAGUUGCCGAUUGUCAGGUUUUACUCGAACAGGUGUUUAGUUUCCUCUUGCGUCUGUCGAGUGAAAAGUGCUAUGAGGAUUAUUCCAAUAGGGCUCUGCAUUUGUGCGAUGAACUUUUGGCAAGUGAACAGAAUUAUGAGACUCAUUGUGUACCGGCUCUGGUUCCUUUGGUGGAGGCUGUGUUUUUUAUGGUGCCGAUGAAGAACGGAAAGGAUUUUGUUGAUAGCGAAGAUGAUGAGUUGCUGACGAAGAGGGAGGAUCCUUUACAAGUUUUGGAUAAUCCUGAACAGUUGCUGAUGAACUCGAUAACUAACGAAGUGAUUUUCGUUAGGUUUUUGUUUUGUGUUAUUUAUGAGAGUGUUAAUAAUUUAAAAAGUUGUUUUGAAGAUGAUCCGCAAAAUAAUGUUGAAUUUAUCUGUGAAGAAUUUGAGGAUUUUUUGAAGAUUGUUGAAGCUGUUUUUGAUACCGAUAGAGGCGACAACAAAUUCAAAUCAAUUUCAAAAACAGUCUCUACUAUUCUAUCAGAUGAAUCACUUGGAAAAUAUUCCAAACAAUAUUCCAACGAUGAAAACAUUCCAAUAGAAAAACUAACGGAAGAAAUUUUAUUUGUUUCGAAAAAAUCUCCUUACAUUUAUUGCCAUUGGUUACAUCUUCUUGUCGAUUUGAAUUGGAAAGAUUGGAAAUUGUGGAAGAAUGGAUUGGAAAAACUUGAUGAUGAUAAAAAUAGUGCUGUAGAAAACCCAAUUGUUUCGAAUGUUAGUAUUAAUACUAUGAUGUUGAAACGAGCAGCUUUUUUGACUUAUUGCAGAUUUAGUUCAAAUCAAAUAAAUAAUGAGAAGCAAAAUGUGGAACUUACUCAUUUCCUCGGAGAGCAUUUGUACGAAGUGAUUUCUUUUUGUUAUGAAGAACCAGUUAUCGAGAAUAUUUUGCAAAAUGUUGUUUUUGGAGAUGAGAUUUGCAGCGAAAUUAUUUUGCAAGCUGUUGAUAAACUAUUGCCUUCGAAAAUUGAUGAUAUGAUUUUCGUCCACAAAGUUCUAACAAAGUUUCUCGACCGGUUGCACGUAGACUUAUCAGGAUCGAUUCUCCACUCUUGUAUUGUUGAAGUAAAACUUCUUGAGCACAAGAACAUACUAAUUUGUCGUGAUGCUUCGAGACUUUGUUCGAGCAAGGCAGAGUUGUUGAGAACCUUGGAGACCGAUGAUAGUGACGAUGAAGUUGUUGUUAAGCAGAAAUUGUCUGAGGUGAAGUUUAGGCAGAUUAUGGAGUAUUUUAGAAGUAAAGGAGAACGAGUAAUUAAAAGACACGAAACGCUAGUAAGCAUCCUAAACAAGCUAGCUGUGCAAUUCUAUUCCUUGCCACCUAUCGAAUUGGACCACAUGAAAACCAUAGACUUCACCAAUUUACGGAAAACAAAAUUGACGCGGAAUGAUAAAACUCGAGCUGAGUGCAAGGCUUUAAGCAAAAUCAUGCAAAAAUUGGGCGCUCAAAAACUGCAGGAAAUUUUAUCGGAUGAAAAUGUUGAUGUUGGCUUUUUUGCUUAUUGCUUGACUAGUGAAAGUGAUGAUGAUAAUGUAAAAGUUGUUGUGGAUUGUUUAAUGAGUAAAAUUUUGGUGUUAGUUGAAGAUUUUAACUUUCAAUAUCAAAAUCAGUGUGUGUUGUUUCAAAAAAUUACAAAAAGUGUUAUUAAUUUGCUAUCAAUUGAUCAGAAUUUAUUCGCUGACUUUGUGGACCCUUGUAUCAAAUUUAACGCUUUGUGCUUACAAUAUUGUGUGCAUAACCUAAAACAAAUCCCAAAUUUUCUCAACAGUAGUGCAUUUGAAGAUGCACUCACGUGCUUUUGUGCAAUAAUCAAAACCGAGCAAGUGUGGUCGCAUUUAAACAACACCCACAACUUACAAACACAAAUACACAACUACAUUGCAUCUUUGUAUCAAAUCUUGCAGCAAUUAUCCCUCGAUGCUACAAAUUAUCGUUUAAUCGAAAAAGUCCCAAAUUUGGACAAAACUUACAACAACCAAGUUGUGUCCAUUAUCCAAUUUGUGGAAGAUUUCAAUACAGUUUUGUGUAAGGAUCUAAAUAAGUUCAGUGUUUUGUUGACUCCAGAUUUAGCGAAGAAAAGUGUGUUUUUGCAAUGUGUAAUUAUGGUGUGUCGAUUCGAUGUUGUUAUCAAGUUUGCGAUGACGCCGUUUUUGGUUUUUGAAAGAAUCGAUUCGAGUUUGGACGAAAAGAACUAUUUUGCGUUUUUGCAGGAGUUUUUGCAAGAUUCGGAUGUUCUGGAAUCAUUUGUGUUUAGGUGUGCUCUGUUGGGCUGGACUUCGCGGACACAGUUCGAGGAGACUUGGAUGAGCUUAUUGGGAGUGAUCAGUGGUUCUCAAACUGUGGACGCGCCAUCGGAUGAAGUUGUUUCGGUGCAGACCACUGCGAUUCGGGCAAUAACCAAUUUGCUGUUGAGCAGUUUGCUGCUGCCAAAGCCUGGUAAUACUGUUGUAUCCAGUUAUUUACACAUAUCGAGAAACGACAAGAUAAAUGAAGAUAAUAUAGUUUCUCGCAAGCUGAAGCCCAUCCACCAUUUAAUCCAAUCAUUUCUCGAAGACCCAUUCCAAGAAUCUUCCAACUUGGACAGAACUUGCACAGAAAUUUGCAGUAAACAAAGUUUAUAUUAUCCAAAUGCACAAAUAAGUUCAAGAUAUCUGAAAAGUAUUUUAAACAAAGAGGAAAAUGAGAAAAAUAAGAUGUUGAAUGAGUUUGAAAAAGUCCACGAGUACAGGAUGAAGUGCUUGCAGGAGAGUGGAAUUGAUUUGGAAAGCUGUUUGCAGUUUUUAGUCGAGAUGUAUUCUCACAUGUUGAAUUUACAGGCUCCAACCAAUUCAAUAGUCGUUCAUUCAAUCCUGGAAUCAUUGGUGUCCGUGAGUGAUUUAUUCACAAAGAAGAGCCACUUUGAGUGGUGCCUAAAUUUGUGUCUCGAUAUGUGGAAGAGAUGUUCCAGCGAUUCAAUGGUCAAUCAUGAUGAGAUAGCGAUGAGACAUUUGGUUUCUUUGGCUUGUAAAUGCUGUUCUGUGUUUAUUUCAGAAGAUUUGGGCUGUGAUGCUUUACUAGACAUCGUAAACAUGCUUCGUUCCUCCUUAAGAAGUUCAAGCAUACCACGUAAAACGAGUUCAAUACCAGCUCUAAUGUGCUUAAUCGAAGUCUAUGAUGCGAAUUACAUAAACGAAAUUUUGACAUCAAGUCAAUCAAAAAUUUUGCAAAAAAAAGACCAAAAAGUCAAAUUAUCAGAUUCAAAAAAAUUAAGCUUUGGUGACUUAUCCCUAAAUUUAACAACCACCCAAGAUAACGAUGAUGUCAAAAAUGUGACCAAAGAUUUUGUUGGCAAAGAAAUUGAAGAAAUAGAACAUGAUCGUAAAGUUGAUACUGCUUUUCUCGAUGAUGAUAAAUGGAAAUUGGAUGACUGGUCCAGGACGUUUAUCCAUCAUGAUUCCAGAAGACGUUCCAGUUUGAAAUUUAAUGAAACUAGGAGUAAGUUGAAACAUGAUAUGAUAGAGAUCAGAGACAAGGCAAGGGAGUAUGCGGAGACUGUUUUUGCAGAAAUCGAACAAGGGGGAUAUCACCAUUCCUUAAACCAUUUAAUGUCAGUUUACACAAUGAGUUUCCUGGUUUUGGAAAAGUUUUCGGAUUCAAAUUCUGGUGAUGGUGCUGUUACUAAAAAUUAUAUUACAAGUCAAGAGGAGAAUAAUUCGAUAUUGAAUUCGAUCAUUUUUGUGCUCGAGCAGGAUAAUGCUGACAUGAAUUUGUUUACUUGUGUUUGUAAUGGCCUAGAACGACUAGUGAUAUUGGAUAAGCUUCCAAAACAAACUCUCAGUCAGAUAUCACAAGCUUGUCUCAAGAAAAUCAAGAACUCAAAUUUUACAUAUGUCAGGUACACUCUGAAGUUGCUAGUCGCCUGCAUGUAUAAAGAAGCCUCAACACAAUUAAGUCUUUUGGACAAUGCAUCCAAACUAGAUGACUCCGGUCAACCUUCAGACCUGGACCUGAUAGUUGAUCAUGUUGAGAAGAUAUCAACACUUUUUGAACGUCUCAAGGUUUCCAAUAGAUACGAAGCCAGGGUUUUGUGCCAGGUGCUGAGCAAACUCCUGAACGACUUAUUCCAACCUAGCGAGAUGUUAGCCAAAGUAAUUGGCGAAUUCUUUUCCAUCACGCAACAACAACACGGAGACAAUUUGGCGUUGGUGCUUCUAGAGGUUUUCGAAAACCUGAUAUCUCGCGACCAGCACUCGUUGCUACAAUCCUGGCUGGUGUGCUCUCUGGCAAACCUGGCUAACAAAUUACCAGCCAACAAAUCUCUUUCCUGUCUGGUAUGUGUUUUUGUGGCUGCUUCUUUGAACAGCAGCCUGAAAUUGAUGUUUCCUUAUGUCGUGUCCAGGUUUGGUAAGUUUGAUUUUGAAGAUAAGGUUAUGCUCUGUUUGGCAACCAGGAAUUUCUUCGAGGAAUUGGUUGACGCAGAUUUGAAAAAAUGUUUUGUUGAAAGUUUUCGCAAAGUUAGGGGUAAUGGAGAUAAGUUUGAUCUUGUUUUGAAGUCUUUGGAAUAAAGUAGGUACAUAUAUUUCUAGUCAUGGUAAUAAAUGAUGAUGGUAAUAAAUAAGUUGAGCAUGAUGUUUAUGAUAAAAAGUGAAUAAGGCA